AGCACUUCCACUUCCACACUAGGUCCUGUCCUUGCUCUUCUUCUUCCUCUGCCUCCAGCUGGUAUCUGUUGCCUGGCCAUGGAGCAGUCUCAGUCUCAGCGGCAGGCGCGGCCUUCGUGCUCCGCGGGGGGUGGCAAGGCCCAGGACUCCGGGGUGCUGACGCGCGAAGACUUCGACGGCGGACCGGUCAGCAUCGACGAGGUGGACACGGGCCUGUUUCUAGGUAACCUGACCGCGGCCACGCACAUGGAGACGCUGCGCUCCUUCAAGAUUACCCACAUCCUCACGCUGGACUCGGUGCCGCUGCCGCAGCACAUUCUGGAGGCCAGCUUUCUGACCACCAAAUAUAUACAGAUUGCCGACAUGCCGCGCGAAGAUAUUCUGCAGCAUCUGGAGGGCUGCGUGGACUUCAUCAGCUCGGCCCUGGCCCAGCAGGGCAAUGUCCUUGUGCACUGCUACUUCGGCGUCAGUCGCAGCUCAUCCACGGUGAUCGCUUACAUGAUGAAGCGACACAAUCUGGACUUCCUGCCCGCCUACGAGCUGGUCAAGGCCAAACGGCGCUUCGUCCAGCCAAACGCUGGCUUUGUCAGCCAGCUAAAGCUCUUCCGGCGCAUGGGCUGCAAGAUUGACCCCAACUGCCAGCGCUACAAGAUCCACCGCCUGCGCCUGGCUGGCGAGCAGAUGCGCAAGGCCAAGAUCCUGCCGCAAAGCUUCCACAGCGUGGUCCGUCCGGAUCCGGAUAUAACGCGCGAGAACCCGGAGCCCAUAGUGUUCCGGUGUCGUCGUUGCCGCCGCGUCCUGGCCUCCAAGUCGCAUGUACUGGAGCACAAGCCGCGUGACAGGCCGCCGCAGGAGGUGGUUCCGAAGGAGAAAGAAGAAGUCACUGCAGCUAAGCUGCCGGCUCAGUCACAGGAUCAGGCCGAAAAUCAUUCCAGUGGUGCUCGCAUGCUGGAGCAGCUGUCCGAGCGCAUCCGCCAGUCGUCGCUCGGUUCACCCGGCCACGAAAGCACGCCAAACUAUUGCCGCAGCAUACUCUUCGUGGAGCCCAUCGCCUGGAUGCACCGCAUCAUGCUGAACACCCAGGGCCGCCUGUACUGUCCCAAGUGCGAGCAGAAACUGGGAAACUUUAGCUGGAUCAACGCCUGCAAGUGUCCGUGCGGGGAGACGAUGACGCCUGCAUUUUAUCUGAUACCUUCCAAGGUGGAGCUCUCGAAGGCCGUGCAGAACGUGCAGACCACGGUUUAGGUGCAGCGUGCUGGAAAUAGAGCGAGAUGGCAUCAUCGGAGGCGGGACAAUUGGACUCCCUAGUCGGCUGGCAUAGAUCGGCAAUCGCCCACCUAAACAGAAGUCAAUGGAGGCUUGGAUUGAUUGAUCAGUGCUCAUCAGUACUGGCCUACAUAUAUGGGCACUAAGUUAUGUUUCUAUUGGCCAUUGAAGUUACAUAAGUUAAUGGCACCAUUGGUCGAAUAUCAUGCUGAAUGCUCCUCCACCAAGCUGAGAUUCUUGAAACGCAAGCAGUUAGCUUAGCUAUGCCCUCUUGGGAAACCGAUCCCGGAUCGGAUACAAACUGAUUGCCAGGUUUACAAUAUCAAAACUUCCGCGCGAAGCAAACGUAAUAUAAUCACUAACCAACUUCGGA